GGCAACAUCGCAGUCGCAGUUUAAAUGUUUUUGUUUUAUUUUGUAUGUGUAUGCUAAAUUUUGAUUCCUAAUUCCUGGUUUUCUAAGCAUAAAAUCAUCCCAUUAUCAGUUAAAAUGUGAUUUAAAAGUGUUGAAUUUUUAAAUUGUGUAGGAUUACUUCUAAUCUAUUUAAAAUAGUACUAGACAUGGAUAAGUUUAUUAUUUUAUUUUUUUGUGCUGCUAUUAUAAGUUUAGUUAGUUGUGAGACCAUACCAAUAAAUUUAGCUGUUUACCAUCCCAACACACACAAAUACGAUGCUUUUAAAGAAUACUAUGAUUUGAACGAUAACUUGACUGUUAUAAGUAUUUCCAACAUUCAAAAUGAUGUUGGAUUUUUCAUAAUUCAAGUGCAUACAUAUCUGGAAAAUAUAACUUUAUCCAAUAGUCCAAACUUUACACAUGGUUCAUCAGUUACUGGAGCAAACGUAGGCUUAGUAUCCAACGAUAGUAUUGACACUUUUUACUUAAAAAGAUCACAUAAGUUAAAUCCUGUUGUACAUGUAUUGAUAGUAGUUGCUGUCUAUGAUGAUCAAGCUCCAGUACCUGGUGGAUGCAACCUUUCUUUUGAUGUUGAGGUGGCUCCAUAUCAAAUUACAUCACACACAGAUGAACUGAUAACUGUUAAGUCGCAACCACCAUCAACCAAAGGACAAAGCUGUGAUAACCAAACAGUACAAGUAGAUAUGUACCAUCUUUUUAUGUACGAAUAUGAUAAAUCACCAGAGACGUAUUUUAAAAGUAUUGAGAAGAUGUUGACUGUUAAUGAUAUUGAGAAAUAUGGAACAAUGGUGCCUAGUAUUCCCGGAAGAAGGAAGUAUAUGAGAUUAUUUAGUUCUUAUAUUGGAACUGGAGAAGUGUUUGCUAUAGUUUCUACAUUUAAAAACCACAAGUCAGCAUAUAUUCCUGCAGUUUCAUAUGGCUGUGAUGUGACAAGGUGGGAGGAAGGUUGUGUUGGACCUGUUGCUGUACACUGGAAAGUGCUAUGUGCCUUUCAACUAAUUUUUGGAAUCUUUCUGUGUUUCUUUGGACAUCGAUUUUUUAGAUUGACAUUGUAUGUUGUAAGUUUUACUUUUGGUCUAAUGGCUACGUAUUUUGUUAUAUCUGUGGAAGAAUAUCUUUCUAUGACUGAAAAAACAAUUACUGCCUUCUCGGUAGGCUUUGUAUAUGGUAUAGUAUGGUUAAUCAUAUGGCGAACGUGUGGAAUGCCGUUUUUGAUCAUCAAUAUCGCAUUUAUUCUCUCAGGAUUUUUGACAGCCUCUCUAUUAUUUUAUACUGUGCUAGCUGAUAUCACCAUCUUUAUUAAUGGAAUAAAUUUCUGGGUGGUGUUCGUGUCCAUAAUGGUAUCAUGCGUUAUAAUAUCCAUGGCAGACGCAAUGUAUGGUCACAUAACAUCUAUAAGUUUUACGAGCUCCUACGCAUGCGUCAUGGCUUUAAAUUUCUAUGUAGGUGGGAACCUUCCAUAUAUUUUGAUAAACACUUACAGAAGAGUUGCUGUUAAAGACUUCAAUUAUGCUGUUAUUUCUCCUCCCAUGCAGACAACAGAUAUUCUGCACAUCCUGCUUUGGGCUGUCUUAUUAAUUUUUGGCGUGUUUACUCAAGUUAGGCUGCAAAGAGGAAAACCACCUUUUCCUCCUAAUCGACCAUUUAGAGAGACUAGGAAUCCAACGGAAACGUCACCCCUCAUCUAUGAUGACAUAUUCGCACCAGCGUACACAUAAUGAAAGUCUAAAUACUUAAAGAUACAUCAUUUAUUUUAUACCGAUUAAAAAGUUUUAAUAAAAGUAGCUUUAUUUUUUAUGA